UUAAUUCCCUGAACUCCAUUCCUUUCUUUAUUCCGAGUUUCCGACACACCGAGAUUGCUUAUCGAUUACUCUCUCUGCUCGAUCCUUCUCCAAGCGUAAAUUCACACUUCAAUAGGUGUGGCUUUUGUUAUGGUUCAUUCCUUAGAUUUGCAGAGCUUUAUUCUUCGUGCUCGAGUGCUUACAGUAUACCGACAAGCGUUGAAGAUAGCUCAGAGAGCUCCUAUUCAUGUUAGAGAAAUUCAUAUGUAGUGGAGGGACUUUGGGGGAGUCCACACAUAGGGAGUUGAAACAGACGAUUAGGCAAGAGAUGGAAAAGAACAGAGACUGCGACGACAAACAAAAGAUUCGGUAUCUGAUCAGUGAAGCUUUAGAGAGGGUUAAGGGACUCGAUGAGAUGUUGGACAUGCAAGGCCAUUAAGAAUUGGUGUGUAAGAUUUCGCUACCAUUCGUGCAAGUAGCUUCACACUAUGCGAUGCUAUGACUCUGCAGAUAGGAACUUUGGUCAUCAUUUGUGCUUUAGGCUCGAGUUCUUGAUUGAGACAUAUUUUCAAAGAGCUUUCCUGUCUUUUCCUCGCUGAGUUUGUGACACACUUUUUAAGAGUUGUCAUCUUUUCUUUACACCCAUCCAUAAGGCUUAUCAUCUCUCAAAAUGAGUCUUCUUAUACACACACUUAUCUUAAAAAUAGUCUGUUUGACAUUGUUGUUUGGUCUUUGUGUGUGUCCUCUUGAUGAGAAGAAUGCACAUGAACGUGCGAAGGUCUUCUUAUGCAUAAUAUUAUCUUUAAAACAGUCUGUUUGACAUUG